AUUUAUUCAAAGAUCUACGAGACCGGAGCCAAACAUUCGAUGUGGUGUUAUGAACGGCCCCAGGAUUUUGCAAAACCACGAUCACAAAUCAGAUGCAAGACUGCGUAGUUACCCUAAAGUUUUAGUUUUUGUAGAAACGAUGUACUCCCAGUUAGGAAAAAGUAUUGCUGAGCUUCUUGUCCACACCCGGUUAAAGUACAAAAUUGAAGUCAGCGGUAAAAGUGUACCAGUGCUCACUAAUUUAGACAAAGGUCGAUACGGUGUGAUAGUAUUCGAGAAUUUCAACAAAUAUCUCCAAAUGGACAACUGGAAUCGAGAGUUGCUGGAUAAGUAUUGUCGAGAAUAUUCCGUCGGCAUCAUCGGUUUUAUAACGCCCGAAGAAGAAACCUACGUUGGUACACAACUGAAGGGUUUUCCGCUAUUUAUACAUACCAACCUUAAGUUAAAGGACGCAGCUUUGAAUGCAGCUUCACAAAUAUUGAGAUUAACAAGAGCUGGAGAAACUGUUUGGGGGGAAUUACCAGGAAAUGACUGGACCGUAUUCCAGGCAAACCAUUCCACCUACGAGCCCUUAGAAUGGGCAACGAGGAGCGAUAAUUUUCAACUAAACGACAGUAAUGGUUCAAAAAUUCCUCUUCCUACGGUCAUCCAAGACCACGGGCUCUAUGACAACAUCCAAAGAGUGAUAUUCGGUUCUGGACUGAAAUUCUGGUUGCACCGAUUGCUAUUUCUGGACAGUUUAAGUUACCUCAGUCACGGCCAGUUAAGUCUGUCAUUAGAUAGAAAAUUUCUUGUGGAUAUCGACGACAUAUUUGUUGGAGAGAUCGGUACUCGGAUAAGACCAGACGAUGUGAUGGCUCUUGUGGAUACCCAGGAAAGACUAGCCAAUAUGGUUCAGGGGUUUAAAUUUAAUUUAGGAUUUUCCGGAAAAUACUUUCACCAUGGUAACAGCGAAGAAGAUAAAGGUGAUGAUCUUAUCCUGGAAAAUGUAGAUAAGUUUAUGUGGUUUUCUCAUAUGUGGAAUCAUCAACAACCUCAUCUUUAUGACAAUCUCACUCUACUAAUGGAGGAUAUGCUUUUGAAUAAAAAUUUUGCAAAAGAAAAAGGCAUACCAGUUGAUUCGGGUUACUCAGUUUCACCUCACCAUUCUGGUGUAUACCCAGUGCAUGAAAUUUUAUACACGGCGUGGAAAAAAGUUUGGAACAUUCGAGUAACGUCUACGGAAGAGUAUCCCCAUUUAAGACCGGCUAGAUUAAGAAGAGGUUUCAUUCAUAGAAACAUAAUGGUGCUACCAAGACAAACGUGCGGAUUGUUCACUCAUACCAUGUUCAUAGAUAGAUAUCCAGGAGGUAGAGAAAAAUUAGAUGAAUCUAUACAGGGUGGAGAAUUGUUUCAGACUAUUGUUUACAAUCCGAUUAAUAUUUUUAUGACUCAUAUGUCAAAUUAUGGAAAUGACAGAUUGGGAUUGUAUACUUUUGAGUCUGUCAUCAAAUUUAUACAAUGUUGGACCAAUAUUAAAUUAUCAUCGGCUCCGCCUUUACAGCUGGCCGAGAGUUAUUUUAAAUUGUAUCCUGGGGAAGCUGAUCCUGUGUGGGGGAAUCCUUGUGAUGAUCCAAGGCAUCAGAAGAUUUGGUCUCGAAACAAAUCGUGUGACUCCCUUCCCAAAUUCUUGGUAAUCGGUCCUCAAAAGACUGGAACUACGGCGCUAUACACGUUUUUGUCAUUACAUCCGGCCAUAGCUAGUAACUUACCUAGUCCUACAACUUUUGAAGAGAUACAAUUUUUCAAUGCUCAUAAUUACCUUAGGGGCUUGGAUUGGUACAUGGAUUUCUUUCCUACUGACGCCAAUUCAUCGGCAAGGUACUACUUCGAAAAAAGUGCUACUUACUUUGACGGCGAAUUGGUACCAAGAAGGGUGCACGCUUUGCUACCACAUGCUAAACUAAUAACCAUAUUGAUUUCUCCUGCCAAACGGGCAUACUCUUGGUAUCAACAUACCAAAGCCCACGGUGAUAUUAUAGCGAAUAAUUACAGCUUUCAUCAAGUGAUAACAGCCAGUGAUACAGCUCCGAAACCGCUAAGAGAUCUAAGAAAUAGGUGCUUAAACCCAGGAAAAUACUCCCAGCAUUUGGAAAGAUGGUUAACUUAUUUCCCUUCUCAGUCUCUACAUAUUAUUGAUGGAGAAGAACUGAAAAACAGCCCAGUCGAAGUGAUGAAUGAACUUCAGAAAUUCUUAAAAAUAAUGCCCUUUUUUAAUUACACAGAGCAUUUACGGUUUGAUCCAAAGAAAGGUUUUUACUGUCAGGUAGUAACCGGAGAUCACACGAAAUGUCUAGGACGCAGUAAGGGCAGGCAAUAUCCUCCUAUGGAGGAAAAAUCUCACAAGUACCUACAACGGUACUAUCUAAGCCAUAAUACGGCUCUAGUGAAAUUAUUUAAGAAGAAUGGAAAUCGUAAUAUUCCGAACUGGCUCAAGGAAGAUUUAUCGGAUAAAUCUGAUAAUUAA